UACUCACAUGCUGGGUUUGUCACCUACAUAGCAGAAAGUGUUUUGUAAGUGUUAGUCCUUAAAAUACUUCGUUACACUGUAUUUUCAUUUCAUUUCAACAAACAUUUGCUGAGAGCCUGCUGUGUGCUGCUCCCAAGGAAGAAUAACAUGGAGACCUUCGCGGAAGUUUGAUGGAAGAUAGACUGGCGAGGGAUGAUUAUAGGAUUUUGCAGGCCAAGGCCAGGGCCAAGUGCUACUGAGUACUUAGAGGAAAGAAAAGUUUGUUUUUCACAGGACAUCUAUUUCAACUGGACAUCGAACUGUCUGGUCCUUCUGCCAUGUCCCACCAACCACUUAGCUGCCUGACUGAAAAGGGGGACAGCCCCAGUGAGACCACAGGAAAUGGACCCCCCAACCUGGCCCACCCAAAUCUGGACACGUUCACACCAGAGGAACUGCUACAGCAGAUGAAGGAGCUCCUUACCGAGAACCAUCAGCUCAAAGAAGCCAUGAAGCUGAAUAAUCAGGCUAUGAAAGGGCGAUUUGAAGAGCUUUCAGCCUGGACAGAGAAACAGAAGGAAGAACGCCUAUUUUUUGAGAUACAGAGCAAGGAAGCCAAAGAGCGUCUCGUGGCUUUGAGUCAUGAAAAUGAAAAAUUGAAGGAAGAACUCAGAAAACUAAAAGGGAAAACAGAAAGGCCCCUUGAGGACCCCACUGGGGACCCCAAAGUUCCCAAGGCAGAAGCAGACCAGGAAAUGGAACAGCUGAAGACCCAGGUGGCCCGUCUUCAAGCUGAAAAGGCAGAUCUGCUGGGCAUCGUGUCUGAACUACAGCUCAAGCUGAACUCAGGCGGCCCCUCGGAAGACUCCUUUGUUGAAAUCAGGAUGGCUGAAGGAGAAGCAGAUGUGGCACUGAAAGAAAUCAAGACAAGUCCUGGGCCCACAAGAACUGAUUCCGUUGACACGAGCAAAUUUGCAGAAGGUGCCAGGAAUUAUUUGGAAUUUGAAGAAUUAACUGUGAGCCAGCUCCUGCUUUGUCUAAGGGAAGGAAACCAGAAGGUGGAGAGACUUGAAAUUGCACUCAAGGAAGCCAAAGAAAGAGUUUCAUAUUUUGAAAAGAAAGCCAGUGAUCAUGCGGAAGUCGAGACCCAGACAGAGACGAGCAAAGAAAAAGAGAAAGAAGAGGAGAAAGGCCCAGAAACCGUUGGAAGCGAAGUGGAGACGUUGAACCUUCAGGUGACCACCCUAUUUAAGGAGCUUCAAGAGGCUCAUACAAAACUCAGCGAAGCUGAGCUAAUGAAGAAGAGACUUCAAGAGAAAUGUCAGGCCCUUGAAAGGAAGAAUUCUGCAACCCCAUCAGAGCUGAAUGAAAAGCAGGAGCUUGUUUAUAACAACAAAAAGUUGGAACUACAAGUGGAAAGCAUGCGAUCAGAAAUCAAAAUGGAGCAAGCUAAAACUGAAGAUGAAAAGUCCAAGGUAGCCACUCUCCAGGUGACACAUAACAAGCUUCUUCAAGAAUACAAUAAGUCGUUGAAAACGAUCGAGGAGCUAAAAAGGAAAGAGUCAGAAAAAGUGGAUAAGGUGGUACUACAAGAACUAAGUGAGAAACUGGCGCUGGCAGAGAAGGCCCUGGCUUCCAAGCAGCUUCAGAUGGACGACAUGAAGCAGACCAUCGCGAAGCAGGAGGAGGACCUGGAGACCAUGACUGUCCUGAGGGCUCAGAUGGAAGUUUACUGUUCUGACUUUCAUGCUGAAAGAGCGGCAAGAGAGAAAAUACACGAAGAAAAGGAGCAGCUGGCUUUGCAGCUGGCAAUUCUGCUGAAAGAGAAUAACGUUUUUGAAGAUGGAGGCAGUAGGCAGUCCUUGAUGGAGAUGCAGAGCCGUCAUGGGGCAAGAACAAGUGACCCUGACCAGCAGGCCUACCUCGCUCAGAGAGUUCUCCAGAAGACAAGGUUAAACAACCCAGGAUCACGAGGAGACGAGGAUACCAACUGGAGGCAGCAGCAACAGCGGAAUAUUCCAAUUCAUUCGUGCCCCAAAUGUGGAGAAGUCCUGCCUGACAUAGACACGCUACAGAUCCAUGUUAUGGACUGCAUCAUUUAAGUGUUCAUACCCUACUUCCCCCAAACUGUUGGUAAAUAUCAGAUUUUUUCCUCCAA